UUCCGCAUAAUUUUCACGUUCCAAACCAUGAGCGCUGUGACGUUCUUCCUGUCGGCAGGUGAUAUUGCAGCAGGGGCGUUGAUUGAUUGUGGCUAUUGCUUGUUUUCCUGAAGUAGAUUCCGCUACGCAUUACGAUGCCAUUUUCUUUAGAAGAAAAGGAAUGAGGCUUCUGUAUUUCCAGUUAGUCUAGACGUGCGUGCAUAAAGUGUUACUUCCUCCCAUUUUAUUCCUGGAUGUUUAGUCCCUAGUGAGCGUUGUCAUUUAAGUUCCAGCACCCCGGACAGCUCCUGUUUCCGAUGACUAAACUGACACUAUGGUGCGGACUGGUACACAACUUGCAGAUGUUUGUUUGUUGCAACAAAAAAGAAGUAAAAACUCGAAGCGCCGUUUUAUGAUAAACCGAGUUAAUGCUGGUGACACCCACACGCACGCACACACACAAACAGAGUGAGAGAGUGAGCGGGAGAGAGAGAGGGGGGAUAGAAUGCAGUGCGCGGAGCGUCAGACAAUGUGGAUAUUCACCAGCAAACCCAACCCAGCAUCUUCACUUUCAGGGGAACACUGUACGGCAUCCGAGGUGUGCAGUUCCACUACAAGCUGUAGAAGACGCUCUGCAUAAUCCGAAUAGUAAGACAGCCUUUCUCGAGCUUUCUAACUGGCAUCAUUGACCCUCCCUGGGAUCGUGGCCAUUUACCUGUGCUCGUCUGCAGAAGCUGCUUUCAGAGUAUCCACAUCGAUUCCUCGAUGCCAUCGUUGCUUUCCCUGUCUACAUGAACUGGAACAGAUUGCUUCCACCGUGUGCUGCGGACAUGACCCUGUGGAGCUGGCUGUGCCUGUUAAGCAUCCUAAAAAAAGGACUAGCUGCUGAUACUGAAGAGCGACUAGUAGAUCACCUCCUCAACCCUUCACGUUACAAUAAGCUAAUCCGCCCAGCCACCAAUGGCUCAGAGCUCGUCACUGUGCAGUUAAUGGUGUCCUUAGCCCAACUCAUUAGUGUGCAUGAGAGAGAGCAAAUCAUGACAACAAACGUAUGGCUAACACAGGAAUGGCAGGAUUAUAGGUUGACAUGGAAUCCAGAGGAGUUUGACGGAAUGCUGAAAGUCAGGUUACCGUCCAAGCACAUCUGGCUGCCUGAUGUUGUUCUCUAUAACAAUGCCGAUGGAAUGUAUGAAGUGUCCUUUUACUCUAAUGCUGUGGUAUCACAUGAUGGCAGUAUCUUCUGGCUUCCUCCAGCCAUUUACAAAAGCUCUUGUAAGAUUGAGGUGAAACACUUUCCCUUCGAUCAGCAAAACUGCACACUUAAAUUUCGGUCAUGGACUUACGACCGCACGGAGAUUGAUUUGGUUCUUAAGGCGGACAUGGCCAGCAUGGAUGACUUCACCCCAAGUGGAGAAUGGGAUAUUAUCUCCCUUCCUGGACGCAGAAACGAGAAUCCGGCUGAUUCUACAUAUGUGGACAUCACCUACGAUUUCAUAAUUCGCCGGAAGCCCCUGUUCUACACUAUCAAUCUCAUCAUCCCAUGUGUUCUGAUCACCUCACUGGCUAUCCUAGUCUUCUAUUUGCCUUCUGAUUGUGGUGAGAAAAUGACACUUUGCAUUUCCGUCCUGCUGGCCCUCACGGUGUUCCUCUUACUAAUUUCCAAAAUUGUUCCUCCCACAUCCUUAGACGUCCCUUUAGUAGGCAAGUACCUAAUGUUCACUAUGGUGCUAGUCACAUUCUCUAUAGUCACCAGUGUUUGUGUUCUAAAUGUGCACCACCGUUCCCCUACCACACACACAAUGCCACCAUGGGUGAAAGUGGUCUUUCUUGAGAAACUGCCUACUCUGCUCUUCAUGAAGCAGCCCAGAAACAACUGUGCUAGGCAGAGACUUCGUCAAAGGAGACAAGCACGUGAGCGAGCCAACAGCAGCCUGUUCUUCAAGGACAAUACCAGCUCAUGUACUUGCUAUGUGAAUCAAGCAACAGUAAAGCAGUUUGGCAAUAUCGGAACCUUUGGCGAAACAGCUCAAGCAUCAGACACAGUUGAUGGAGUCCAGGAGCAAAGUAGGAGUAAGCCACUACCUGAGGAAUGCUGUCAUGGGUUUCAAGAAGCAGUUGAUGGUGUGAGAUUCAUUGCGAACCACAUGAAGUGUGAAGACAACGAUCAGAGCGUGAGUGAGGAUUGGAAAUACGUGGCCAUGGUAAUCGACCGACUGUUCCUGUGGAUCUUUGUGUUUGUGUGCGUCUUUGGUACCAUUGGAAUGUUCCUGCAGCCUUUAUUCCAGAACUAUACUGCCAAAACAGUCAUUCAGACCCCAGAGUGACAAAGUCAUAUGCCUCACACAAUUGCGAAAAGGGCCGUAAACAGUCCAAGAAAACAGCUUUUCCUAAAAUCCCCUUAACCUCUGGUAGGAGUCUAAUUUUCUGAUACUGUUGUAUGUAAUAUUCUGGUGCUGUCAAAAGAUUUUGGGUGACUCAUAGUAGUUGGGAACCUACCAGAGGUACAGGAAGACUGAUCACAACUAAAUGACUGGAGGACCCAACUGAAAAACGCACUGCAGAAAGAAGGUACCAGUAUUACUUAACCAAAAUUACCCGAGGUUGAGGGGCAAAGGCAUCAGCAGAAGGAAAAGGAUUUGCUCUGUAAGGCUAGGGAAGGUAUACUUUUGAGUUUCCACUUCAUAUGAAAAAGCACACUUGUGUCUUUUGUUGUAUUUGUACAGGGUGCUGUCAAUGUCCUUCACCUUCAGAGAGCCUUUUAAUACAGGUUUCAAGUGAAUGUGAGCAAUUCAGUACUACCUAACUUUAUUUCAGCCAACUCGACUCAAGUGUUUUUCAUGGAUUUCUUCACAGAGUCUUCGGUGCAUUUCAUACUGAUUACUUUUGGACCCUCGUGUUACUCAUUUUCCAGUUCUGUAUGAGUUGAUUAUAUUGCAGUCAAAAUUAAAAUGCAUAUAUGGCGUGGAUUACUUCUUUCCACCUAUGCUAUGACUGCUCUUGUUAUGAAUGUACAUUGCUAGACUUCACUUG